UAAACCAUUUCUUCUGUCGGUUGACACACACAGACGUAGAGAACCCAAUGAAUGGAGUUGCUUUUUGCCUUGUUGGAAUUCCACCUCAAUCAGACACUGAAGCUAAAGGGCUGAGAGAUGGCGUGGUGUCAUCCAAUGAGAACAGGCGCUGGCCGCCAUCAUCGGGUGAGGUGGAGGGCGGGUCCUGGCAGGGCCCAAGUACCAUUUUACUCCAGAAGAAUUCACAGGGAUUCGGCUUUACUCUGCGCCACUUCAUUGUCUACCCACCAGAGUCCUCCCUCCACAGCCUCAAAGAUGAAGAGAAUGGAAAUGCUACCGGAACUGCAUGUUGUCAGUGGUCUCGUUUGGAGCCAAUGGACACCAUCUUUGUGAAGAGUGUCAAAGAAAAUGGCCCUGCCCAACAAGCCGGACUUUGUACAGGGGACAGGUUGGUGAAGGUGAAUGGGGAAAGCAUUCUUGGGAAAACCUACUCUCAGGUGAUCGCACUUAUCCAAAACAGUGAAAACAUUCUGGAGCUCUCAAUUAUGCCAAAAGAUGAGGAUGUGUUGCAGUUGGCAUACUCCCAGGAUGCCUACCUGAAAGGCAACAAGCCUUAUUCAGGUGAGGCCCAGAACCUCCCUGAGCCUCCGCCUCUCUCUUACCCUUCCACAAAGCCCAGCUCCACAGCCCCCCAGCCCAGCCACAACCUCCACAGUCUCCUAGACAACUGGCAGUGCCGAUCUGGCCCCACCACCUCGCAACUGGAUAACCACCAGUCUGCUGCUUCUACCCUCACAUCCGGCUGGCCUGGGGGUCCUGAGGAUUCCAGAGGCCACUUUACCCCAUUGGGACAGCACCGUGGCCGCUCCUCUUCAGCCAUCAAUGUGCUGGACUUUCACUUUUCUAACCACAAUGCUGCCAUUGCCUCUGCAACACUGCCUCCGCCAAGGAAAAGCAGCCUACCGGCUUCUGCCCGUGCCCAUGCCGACACCCUCUGCCACCAGGCUCUGUCAGAGUGGUACUACAGCCAGGCUGAAGCUGCAGAGCGCAUGUCUCCACGCCACCGCAGUAUUUCUCAGGAACGUUUAACAGAGCUGGGGCUGGGGUUGGCGCUCGGCCCAGGACCUAUGUCUGCCCCCACAGCGUCGUCAGAGCAACGGAGAAGAGAAACCCUUCUCUACCACCACCAGGCAGCUGCUGCUUCCCAUGAUUCCUAUUGGCUAGGUGGUUGGGGUGGUGUGUCAGGACCAGGAAGCAGGUCGUGCUCAGACAGCCUACUGGCAGCCUACGCUGAAUACGAGCACAACUAUGGGCGUUCUGUUGAAACACUGGCACAAGCCUCUGCUCUGGUCUUACCAUGCUAUGAACACAAUUCACAAAACUCCCAAACGACAACAACAAAACCCAGCAAGCAGAUAGACCAGAAAGCCUCAGGGCAUCAGCACCAAACAAUGACAUCCCCCAUCACAACUUCCUCCACAGUGCCUCCCAGUGGCAGGCAGUCAGGUCAGCAGGUAGCUGAACCCCAAACAAGACGUGUAAAAGAGGAAGAGCUGGUGAGCUACAAAAGCUACAGUCCUACUUUCUCCCACAAAGCUGGUCACCUCCUCCAGCAGGCCCACUCCUUCAGAGAGCCUAGCUACAGCGGCCCCCACCUCUACUGGAGCCCCAGCCGCAGGAGCAGCCUUGCAGACAGCGAGGGGAGGUUGGUACCCAGGCCACAGUCCACGCCAGCCCUGUCUGUGUCAGAAGAGGAGAGAGCCCACCUGGGAGAGGACAGGGUGGUCAUCUCUCCUAUCUCACUGAAUCAAGAUGUGGUCCUUAGGCAGAAGCCUCCUUCAGGCUGCCAGACUCCCGUUCAUGCUCUUCGACAUCCCCACUACACAACAGAUAUGGAGUCACCCAAGCCCCCUGGUUUGACACCUUCACCAGGGACCCUCUCUCCUAUCUCUGUGGGGCCUAGCUCCAACCGCAGGACCAAUGGUAGCCUGGCACAGCAUGCAUAUGACUCUUUGUCCUCUAUUCCCUUCAUAGAUGAACCUACCAGUCCUAGUACUGACCUACAGGUCUGCUAUGUACCAGCCUGCUCUGUGGUGUCCAGUUCACAGACCUCCACUAUGGCCACCCUCACCUUCACCUCUGUCUCCCCCAUCCUCUCCUCCUUCUCCUUGUUUGUCCGACUUCAUUCUCAGGACUGCAGCAGUAUUAAAGGUCGUCGCUCCUCUUACCUGCUGGCCAUCACCACCGAGAGAUCCAAGUCCUGUGAUGAGGGGCUCAACACCUUCAGGGAAGAAGGUCGUGUCUUCUCCAAACUACCAAAAAGGGUCAAGAGUUUUUUCACUGAUGGGUCCCUGGAGAGCCUGCGAGCUCAGGAGGAGGCCCAGUCUAAGCGCCACUCCACUUCUGAACUGGGGACCAUCACUUUCAGUGAUGUUCGCAAGGAGGGAUGGCUACACUACAAACAGAUCCUCACAGAGAAGGGAAAGAAAGUUGGUGGUGGCAUGCGGCCAUGGAAACGUGUCUUUUCUGUGCUCCGUUCCAAUUUGCUCUUCCUCUACAAGGACAAGCGAGAGGCAGUCCUUCAUGGGGCAGGGGCAGGGCCCAGCCAGGACGAGCAUCCCCCGGUCAGCAUCCGCAGCUGCCUGAUCGACAUCGCCUACAGUGAAACCAAGCGUAAGCACACCCUGAGGCUCACCACGCAAGACUUCUGUGAAUACCUGCUGCAGGCCGAGGACAGGGACGACAUGCUGGCUUGGAUCAGGGUUAUCAGAGAGAACAGCAAGACUGACAAUGAGGAGAUUGGUUUCUCAAGACAAGCUCUCAUCAACAAGAAGCUGAAUGAUUACAGAAAACACAGUCUGACAGGUAACAAGCCGGAUUCCUCUCCCAGAGUCCACCGUAUGAUGCCCUUCCUCCUGGCUAAGACUGACAACACGUCAGUUAACCGCGCCUCCAGAACUGAUGAUAACAAGGCACUGUGGGGAAUCAACAUCAUGAAGAAAGCCAAGAAAACAGGCAGUCCAAAGGCUUUUGGUGUGCGACUGGAGGAUUGUCAGCCUGCUAUCAACCAUAAAUUUGUCCCACUGAUAGUGGAGAUGUGCUGUGGCGUGGUGGAGGCGACAGGUCUGGAGUACACAGGCAUCUACCGGGUGCCUGGGAAUAACGCCAUGGUGUCCAACCUUCAGGAGCAUCUCAACAAAGGCAUGGACAUCAACACUGCUGAAGAGAGAUGGCAGGACCUGAACGUAAUCAGCAGCCUGCUUAAAUCAUUCUUCCGAAAACUGCCUGAGCCUCUGUUUACUGAUGACAAGUACAAUGAUUUCAUUGAUGCCAACCGGAUAGAAGAUGCAGAGGACAGACUGAAGACGAUGAAGAAACUGCUCCAUGACCUCCCAGAUCACUAUUACCACACCCUCAAGUUCCUGGUGGGCCAUCUCAAAAGGGUGGCAGAUCACUCUGAAAAGAAUAAGAUGGAGCCAAGAAACUUAGCCCUGGUGUUUGGUCCCACUUUGGUGAGGACGUCAGAGGACAACAUGACUGACAUGGUUACUCACAUGCCUGACCGCUACAAAAUCGUGGAGACUCUUAUCCUGCAUUAUGACUGGUUCUUCAGUAAUGGAGAACUUGAUAAGGAAGAGAAGGCUCCAGAGGAUAAGCAGGACAUGCAGCCUGUGCCCAACAUUGACCAUCUGCUGUCCAACAUUGGCAGGCCGGGCAUGCCAGGAGAGGUAUCAGAUUCAACCACCAGUGAUUCACUUAAGUCAAAGCUUUCUUCAGGCUCCAAGAAAGACCUGAAUGCCAGGGACUUCCUACCCAAGUCCAUCAUCUCUGCUGUGACCCGCAAACGUAAAAAAUGCCUUAGUACCCUCUUGCCAGGCAGCAGCGCUGACGAGGACUCCGAGCAUGAGCCAGUCAAGGCCAGCAACUAUGGGGCAGGAGAAGGAGGGGAAGGAGAAGAGGAAGAGUAUAGAGGGGAGGAAGAGGAAGUCAAAGGAGAAAAUAUUAUCCCAAAAAAAGAAAAAUGGGAUGAAAAGGGAAAUGGGGUGAAAGAUGGAGAGACCACAGAGGGAAGUGAUUCAUUGAUCGGAGGAGAGGAGGCUGUAAAGGAUGAAGGGAAGGGAACAAACAAUGGCACAAAAAAGGAGAGCAGGCAGAGAGUGACCUCGCCAGGAACUGCACUGCAGCUUCGCCCAAACAAUUUUCUCUACUCACACCAUCAAAUCCAUGCCACAUACCCAAGACCCGCACCUGUGAUUAAUCCUCUUUCCCACUUGAGACCUGACAAUCUAGCAAGAGGGAGCCCCACUGUCCCUUUCUGGAUCUCCCCCACCAAGCUUCCCAGCCUCUAUCAGGCCUCCAGAUUAAACGGGACCCAGCAGCCAGACCUGAACCAACCUGUACCAGUCCGCUACAGGAAGACCAGAGGUGGGAGGACAAGGGCUAUGUCCAUGAAUCUGGACCUUGAGCUAGGCAGGAAGGAGGACAGAAUCAGAGGGGGAAGAGCAGAGAGGGUGGAAGUGAUCAGAGUCAUUGAGCCAGCACCAGGUCAGCAUGGGUGUGUUGGGGUUUCUCAGGGAUCAAUUGUAGGCCCUAACUCAAUUCAGCAAAUAGAUCCCCUCCCUUGUCUUGUCCAGAGGGCUCCCCCUUUCUCCUCCUCUUCCUCAGGAUGGAUAGACCAAAGCUCCCCAGGAUCUUCUACUGUGAGGAGAUCAACCCUGGACCCACGGGAUAAGAUGCGUGUGUGGCGUCGUCAUACAGUGGUAGUUUAACCUGACUGCGUCAUCUACUAAUGCAGUACUUGCCGUUUACUCACUAACACUGGAUCACCUGUGUCACUGUUUCUAAAGCCAAGUGUCCAUCAUGUUAUUUGGGGGAUCUCAGUUGUCUCAAGACUCUUGCCUCAUGGAUUUUUAUUUACAGUACAGUUGGAGAUGUGAUCCCUCUGUAAAGGAAUUCUUUGACAGUGUCUUUCUGAAAAGAAACAUUCUGCUGUUCAAUUGCAUUUGAAUUUAUUAAUUUUUAAUCCUUUACUCAUGACGUCAAAACUCAAACAACAUACAUAAAGUCCUUCUUUAUACUGCAAGUGUUGCUGGAGUUUUGACCUCAUUAGACUUUUUCCUUACACCUUUUUCCACUUUGGAAGUAGGUGAGUUGUGCCAGAAACCUGUACUUUGCUUCUACACUAAUCCUUUACCUACAGAUUGGCUGUUGAUGUAAUCAUCCAUGUCCUUAUACACCGUGCAAAGAACAUGGGUUGAAUACUGGGAAUUGAGAUUCUGGUAUUUCCUCUGGCAUUCUCACCAGAAAGACCACUUUUCCAAGGACCCUAGAAUUUAGAAUUAAGGCACAGUCACACAAGAAAGUGGCACAGUGAAGUUCAUCCCAAUUCCUUACUACUAAUACUAAAAGCUUGGUGGCAUAUUGUGUUCUCGCAAGACCUAGUUGGUGAACUAACUGGCUAACCACCUGGAAACAUGCCAACCAUAGUCAGUCACAAUAGUUCCCUGUACAAGGUAGCAUGUUAAAUGACUGUUAGCUUGAUAGCGACAGGACAUUAUGUUCACAUAGUUUAUAACCAUCUACAAACCAUUACUCCUCUGUAUUGCAUUUUACUAGGUUUAUCAAAAAAACUACAAUAGCUUCCACUAUUCUGGACUUUCAAAGUGAUAACUUUCAAAAUGGUUUGCUAUUAGUCUGUGGUGUUAAGUUUAAGUACUUUGUAAUAGUCUGAAGGUAGUUUGUAGAUUUACUUCACUCCAAUGAGUGAAUUCACUGCGAUCCACCAGCGAAUUGCAACAUUCCCAUUCAAGUAAAUGAUGAUAGAUGAUAGAUUUUGCUGCAAAAGUCAAGCGAUUUUAAAUGGUGGUGUGUCUGUGCCUUUACGGCAGUAUAACUGGUUAUACUUUUCACCAAAAAUGGUUUCAUCACCUGCAUAUCAAAAGAGAGUUGUACGGUAAGUUGCAAAGCAGUGUUCAAAAGAGGGAACAUAAAUGCAAAAGAUCAUCCCCAAAAAUAUGUCCAAGAGCAAUGCACCAGAAUCCAUUAGAACAACAUGCUUUAAUGGCUGCAUCACAGCAUUUUCUGCUUCUAUAUAUCCUCCUCAGGUCAGUUCUAUGAAGAUGGUCAGACAUUCCUCUAUAACCACUAACUCUUACUUAAUACUGGAAAUAGGAUAAUUUUGGGGAAAAAAACAAACAAAGAAUCAAACCAUGGUAUGGAGGGUUGGCUUUGGUUUUCCGUUCAAAAGGUGUAUUCUAUUUGUGAAUUAAGAGAGAAAGCAAGUCAUAUUACAUAUUUGAAUCGAACUCCAGAGUGCAGCUGCUGCUGUUCCAGCAAACCUUCACCAGCAAACAAUUCAGCAAAGUCAUCAUUGGCCAUGUUUUUCAUUUCCAACCUACAAUUAUGCUGUACAUACAGAAUGUUGUGGUCUCCCCCAACUAGUUUUCACUAAUUAUGUCACUGAUGGUAUCCACAUGGGCAAACAUCACAUUGCACACUUCUCAGCCCUUUACAAGCUCUUCCCAAUCUUCCAGUGGAUCUACAGGGAUCUUCAGUGUUCCAUGGGAGCAAAACAAACUCACUCGCUCUCUGGACAAUGUGACUUGGGCAUCAUGCCAGAGCUUUCAUGGUUCUAACACACGGCUUGCAUGAGGUCAAUGACAUAAAAAUAUGCAAAGUGAUCAACACACGCCUGUUGUACUUUUCUGUAUGUGUGUGUUUGGAGAGACAGGCCAGAGGUUACUGAUGCCUGUUUCAUCAAAGGAACAAAGUGUUUGAGGCAGCUAUGUGAAGUCAUGCCAAAAUUCUUUUUUUUUCCUAUUUGGGUAAUUGUACAUUAUGAACAGUAUGGAGGCAAAGUGAGCUUCAGUGUUACUCCAGCUGAUACAUUAUAUCAGUGUUAUAAAGAUAGCAUUGCCAUGGGAGCAGAUGAAAGUGAGCAAAUAACCUCUUGAAAUCCAAGACCAGAGUCUUACUUAAGUGAUAUUCUUGCAUUUUUCCUUUUCACAUUGUCAGUGUGCUCCUUCCCAGAACUGUAGAGUCUGAAAAAACAAAAUGGAGCUGAACCUAAAUGUCAUGCCAACCACUGUCGUCCAGCCAGACUCCAUGUUGGUCUUAAUCAUAUCUAAAUUCAGUCUUCUCAGUCCUUCUCUCUAACUGUGCCCUUGUGCAUGUACUUUAUGUAUGUGUGUGACUGUGUGGACCAAUUUUUGUAACAGCUGUACAAAGCCUUGUUAAGUUAACCUGUGUAUAUAAAUAUUAUACAUAAUAUAUUAAAUUAUUUG